UCACUUCUGAUUUCCAAAGCCUUCUGCGAUCUUCACAAAUGAAAGUGACCUUCUGAAAGUGACCUUCCUAUAUCUGGUUGUUCUUUCUGUUUCUGGAUGCCUGCUUCUUCAAUUUUUCAGGACACUGUUUCUAGUGGGUUUUCCCAGGCCUUCCCUCGCUAGUGUUGCACUGGACUCCUCUUCAACAUCGCUGUAAACAUGUUAGUGCUGUAGAUGCAGAACUAAAGAGCAACUGGGGACCACCUUCAUUUCCCUGUGUGUGGACCUACGUACUGUGUUCUUGUUCCUUAAAUAAAUAUGCAAAGCACCGAUAAAAUGGCGGAAAGAUGAAAUCAUGCAGCAGGACACCCGUCCGCUCUGCGCUGCCGACAUUGGCCCCGACCUCAGGAAGAGGUUCGCCUUCCUGUCAGGGGGCCGAGGGGAGAAUGGCAGCCCCAUCAUCGUCUUCCCAGAGUUCCCUGCGUUCGGCGAGCUGCAGGAACAGGAGUUCCACAAUGUACUGACAUACCUGACCAGUGUGCCCAGCCUCAGUGCAUCAGGAGUUGGUUUCAUCCUGAUCAUCGAUCGCAGGCAAGACAGAUGGGCAUCAGUGAAGGGGACACUUCUGCGUAUCGCGGGUUCAUUCCCAGGAAACCUGCAGCUGGUACUGGUGUUGCGGCCUACCACCCUGUUCCAGCGUGCACUCUCCAAUAUCUUAUUUAAUUUCAGCAAGGAUGAGUUCAAAAUGAAGGUGCCGGUGAUCAUGCUUAGUUCAGUGACUGAGCUACACAGCUACAUCGACCGCGCCCAGCUCACCCAGGACCUGGGCGGCACCCAGAAGUAUUGCCAUGAGAAGUGGAUCUCCCACCGCACAGCCAUCGAGGGCUUCGCGCUGAUGGUGAAGAAGACAGCGCAGACGCUCCAGGCCUUCGGGACGGAGCUCGCCGAGACCGAGCUGCCCAACGACGUCCAGGCCACGUGCAACCUCCUGAGCGUCCACACAGAGAAGAAGGAGAAGAUGAAGGACGACCUGAAGGUUGCUCUCAGUCAGGGAGGACGCCUGCUGGAGAGCAUCAAUGAGCCGCUGGUGUCGGAUCCAGAGCACAUCAUGAACCAUGAUGAGCUGGAGAACCUGGCUACCGUGCAGAGGUUGUUAGAGCAGUUAGAUGAGACGGAAAGAGCAUUCGAUGAUUUCUGGGACAGGCAUCAGAGCAAGCUGGAACAGUGUCUUCAGCUCCGCCAUUUUGAACACAACUUCCGGGAGGUCAGAGCCCUUUUGGAUCAGGUAGCUGACAGGCUGUCGGGCUUCUCUGAGGUGGGCAUAAGCCCUGCCCACGGUGAACACAUCCUGAAAGAGCUGACCAAUCACGAAGAACGAACAUGUGAGGUGUUGGACCGGGCGCUGGCCCUGGCCUGUGAGGCCGACGCCCUCAUCGAGGGCUCCCACUACGCGGUCGACUCCAUCUUGCCCAAAUGCUUGGAGCUGCGGGCGGUGUGCGAGGAGGUGGGGUCCGUGCUGAAGGCCAAGAAGAGCCACCUGCUGAAAGCCGUGGAGCUCCACUCCAGUCUGAAGAGGGCCACCAGGUGGUGUGACGAUGGCAUUUACCUUCUGGCCUCCCAGCCGGUUGACAAGUGUCAGUCACAGGACGGGGCGGAGGCAGCCCUGCAGGAGAUUGAGCGUUACCUGGAUACGGCCAAUCAGCACAAGCUGACAGACUUGAGUGGCAUCUGGAGGGAGUAUGAGUCUGUGCUGACCGCCAACUUCCGCGAACAAGUGGAGCGGGUCUUCCAGAAGCAGCACUCGGUGGAGGACAUGUUCGAGAAGAGGAGGGUGAGCCUGAAGAAGCUCGCUGCCAAGCAGACGCGGCCCGUUCAGCCGGUGGCCCCACGGCCCGAGGCCGUCGUCAAAUCGCCCCUCUCCUCGUCCGCAAAUCAAGAGAAAACGUCCUCAGCUGAUAUCAGUAAAAAAGAGGACGCACUCCUGCAGAAUGGCAGCAGACACCCGUCUCUCUCAGAAGAGGAGGAAAAUCUUGCUGUCCUUAGGCGGCAUGUCAUGAAUGAGCUGUUGGAGACAGAGAGAGCAUAUGUGGAGGAGCUGCUGUGUGUGCUGGAGGGCUACGCGGAUGAGAUGGAUAACCCCAGCAUGGCUACACUUAUCCCCACUACGCUGCACAGUAAGAAGGAUGUGCUGUUCGGCAACAUGGCUGAGAUCUACCACUUCCACAACAAAACAUUCCUCCGAGAGCUCGAGACCUACACGGACUGCCCUGAGCUUGUGGGCCGCUGCUUCCUGGAACGGAUGGCUGACCUUCAGAUUUACGAGAAGUACUGUCAGAACAAGCCACGCUCUGAGUCACUAUGGCGCCAGUGCUCGGACUGCGCCUUCUUCCAGGAGUGCCAGAGGAAAUUGGAACAUAAGCUGGGAUUGGACUCCUAUCUGCUGAAACCUGUACAGCGCAUAACCAAAUAUCAGCUACUCCUCAAGGAGCUGUUGAAGUACAGUAAAAGUUGUGAAGGUUCAGAAGACCUACAGGAGGCACUCUCCUCCAUCCUUGGCAUCCUCAAAGCUGUCAAUGACUCAAUGCACCUCAUAGCCAUCACUGGAUAUGAGGGUAACCUGAGCGAGCUGGGCCGACUACUGAUGCAGGGGUCGUUCAGCGUGUGGACGGAGCAUAAGAAAGGUCACGCCAAGGUCAAGGACCUGGCACGUUUCAAGCCCAUGCAGCGGCACCUGUUCCUGCACGAGAGGGCGCUGCUCUUCUGCAAGAGGCGCGAGGAGAGCGGAGAGGGCUACGAGAAAGCUCCCUCCUACAGCUUCAAACACUCGCUCAGCAUGAGCGCUGUAGGCAUCACGGAGAACGCUAAAGGAGACAACAAGAAGUUUGAGAUCUGGUGCAACUCGCGAGAGGAGGUCUACAUCGUCCAGGCACCGACGCCGGAGAUCAAAACAGCGUGGGUGAAUGAAAUCCGGAAAGUUCUGACCGGACAGCUGAAAGCAUGCAGGGAGGCCAGACAGCAGAAGACAUCUGAGCAGUUCUCUUCGCUGCUCUCGUCCAACGGCGCCGUCAUCAGCCUGAGCCCCUUCAGGUCCAAUCAGAAGAGUCUGAAGAAAGGGGAGGAGAAGGCGGAGCUCGUUGUGCCCGACUCGGCCUCGGUGCCCGCGCUGAGAAGCGCAGACAAGGUCAAAGAUGAGACGGUAACCAGUCCCUCCACAGACAGGGCAGCGGUGGCCAAAAAGCGGUUUACACUGCAGGGCUUCAGUAACCUCAAGAGUCAGAAAGGAUCUCCCCCUAGCCCUGAUCACAAACCCAAACGGCAUGAGAUUAAGAGUGAUCCCACCCCGUUUGGCUUCAGAGGCUUCAACAAGGUCUCCCUCUCUCUGGACGCCUCGGAGGAGAACGACGGUUACUCCAGUGCCGAGGAUCCGUCAAACUCUGAUCCCGAGGAUGAGGGGAAGAAACUGUCUCCCGGCAGGUACGUUGUGGUAGCUGACUACGAUAAAGGAGGGACUCAGGACCUGACAGUGAAGAGUGGAGACACGGUGCAACUCAUCCGUGAGGGAGGCGACAGCCAGUGGUUCGUGCGGAACCUGAGCAGCUGUAAAGAGGGCUGGGUGUCGGCUGCUCAUCUUCUCACUCUGAUCGGGGAGUCCAAGUCCUCCCAGUCUCUCACCAGCUCAGAAGGCAGUGGGUCGGGCAAUCUGAGCACAUCCUCUAGCUGCAGUGAGACCUACACCAGCUUCUCGGACAUCAAACCCUGAGACCUGUGGCUCAGACCUGCUUCUACAGCCCCGCCUAGUGGCAGCUCCUAUGCAUUGCACUUUCUGCUGAAACAGCUCCUUCCUGUACUGUGUUUAGAACCAGAACAUAAAUCAUAUCAGUUUAAUACAUGGUUUCAUUCUCACCUCUUCCCUAUUCAAAUCUGAAAGAUAAAUGAGCCAGUUUUGAUCUCUUUUUUUAAAUAAAGCUAUUCAAUUAAAUGAUGGCAUUGCACUUUUCAUACUGAGCUUAUACAUUUCAUUUCACGUUAAAAGAAAAAAGUCACGCAUAGCACUCAGGAAAGAAACUAUGUGAACAUUUCUUGGUUUUAACUGAAGGUGAGGCACACCGGGUCCAAAUAUGUUCGAAUCAACUUAGGUAGGCUCCCGUGGAGGUUGCACUUUGGUGACCCUUGUUCUGAAAGCCAACCACUUUAUCCACUGAACUAGAAGCGGUGACCAUUCCACUUCUGCUGGGUUAUAGUGAUUUUACUGGUGCUGUACUGAGAAUAAAAAACGGUUUUGGUGUGCCCCAUUUUCAGGGAGGACCCACACUUCUUACAGGCCGGCAUCCCCUGCUUGACUGUAGGAAGACGUGAAUGUGUGAUCUAAGAUGGAUUGUUGGGAGUCAUUGCCCUGUUUCUUGAAAUCAAAACAACUGUGAAAUGUCCAGUCCAGCUCAGUAUAUGUAUUAAUCAUAAACAGCUGUAUAUUUUAAAUAAUUUCCUGUAUAAUAAGAUUUGUACAGAUAAUUUUACCUCAUUUUUUCCAUUAAAAUAACUAUAUACACUGUUGUAUAUUUUUUUCAUCAAAUGUAUUUCAUCUAUAUCUGAAGCUUGUUUAGAUUUUCUUGCUCAUUAUUACUAAUUGUUUAUUUACAUUUAUGAAAUACAGUGGUUUUCUUGUACUAUCACGUACAACUUAUAUAGUGUGCAUAUAAGUGUAAAACCAGACAACAAUAAUUUUAAUUUUAUUUUCAGAUAGUAAUAAGAUCUUCAGCACAAAUAAUUGCGAAAUAAAAUGUCAACAAAUCAAUUCAUCAGCAAGCUCUCACAUAUUUAGUUGCAUUCUUUGGGCCAGCCAGGACAAAAGAAUAACUUUUAAUCCUAGAAAAUUGUGAAGUCAUUACUGUGGCCAUCCAAGUCUACUGUUCUUAAGUGUCGCAUUUACGUACCUCAACAUGAAAUCCUCUAUAUAUCCCCUUGGUUAUCUCUAUUUUCAUAAGCCAUUGUCAUGAAGGUAUAUGUGACUGCUAACUAUGUAUAUGUGUAAAUAUGUAUUUAAGAGGUUGUACAAGUUGAAUUAAGAGGAAGCCUGAAUAAAGUCCAGAGAGACAUUGACUUGA